AUAUUCUGUUUCGGUGUCAAUUUUUAUUCAAGAUUCUUAGCCUAAUACCUCAAAGCCUGUGAUUUUUUUGUAGGAUUUAUUUAAAGGAAACCCGAAAAGCACACAAAAUGUCUGAUCCUGAGGAUGAUUUUAUGUGUGAAGAUGAAGAGGAUUAUGGAUUGGAAUACUCGGAAGAUAGUAACUCCGAACCAGAUGUAGAUUUAGAAAAUCAAUAUUACAAUAGUAAAUCUUUAAAAGAGGAGGAACCUAAAGCUGCUCUUAUCUCAUUUCAAAAAGUUUUGGAUCUUGAAAGUGGAGAAAAAGGAGAAUGGGGAUUCAAAGCACUCAAACAAAUGAUAAAAAUUAAUUUUAAAUUAGGUAAUUUUGAGCAAAUGAUGUCCAGGUAUAAACAACUUCUAACAUAUAUUAAGAGUGCUGUUACUAGAAAUCAUAGCGAAAAAUCAAUAAAUUCGAUCCUCGACUAUAUUUCAACCUCAAAAAAUGUGAGUCUUCAUUUAUCACCUGGAAAGUAUUAUAGUAAAAACUUUGAUUUGCAGAUGGAGUUACUACAAGAUUUUUAUGAAACUACAUUAGAAGCAUUGAAAGAUGCGAAAAAUGAUAGACUGUGGUUCAAAACAAAUACCAAACUAGGAAAAUUAUACUACGAUAGAGGUGAUUUCAAUAAGUUAGCAAAAAUACUGAAGCAAUUACAUCAGUCAUGUCAAACUGAUGAUGGUGAAGAUGAUUUGAAAAAAGGUACACAGUUGUUGGAAAUAUAUGCUUUAGAAAUUCAAAUGUAUACUGCCCAGAAAAAUAACAAGAAGUUGAAAGCUUUAUAUGAACAAUCCUUGCAUAUUAAGUCUGCUAUUCCUCAUCCUUUGAUAAUGGGUGUCAUCCGUGAAUGUGGCGGCAAGAUGCACUUGCGUGAACAAGAAUUUGAAAAAGCUCACACAGAUUUCUUUGAGGCCUUUAAAAACUACGAUGAGUCAGGAAGUCCAAGACGUACCACCUGCCUCAAAUAUUUAGUAUUAGCUAAUAUGUUGAUGAAGUCUGGAAUCAACCCAUUCGAUUCUCAAGAAGCCAAACCAUACAAGAAUGAUCCAGAAAUCUUAGCAAUGACUAAUUUGGUCAACGCUUACCAAACAAAUGAUAUUAACGACUUCGAGAGCAUACUAAAACUAAAUAGGCAGAAUAUAAUGGAUGAUCCAUUUAUUAGAGAACACAUUGAAGAUCUUCUACGUAACAUAAGGACACAAGUACUCAUAAAGUUAAUCAAACCAUAUACUAGGAUAAGAAUACCUUUUAUAUCUAGAGAAUUAAACAUUGACGUUACGGAAGUCGAAAAUCUUUUAGUGUCCUGUAUUUUGGACAAUACAAUUCAAGGUAGAAUGGAUCAAGUGAACUCAGUGUUACUGUUGGACCGUACUAGCAUUAAUUCAGCAAGAUAUAGUGCUUUAGAUAGAUGGACAAAUCAAUUGAACACAUUACAUUCAUCGAUCAUCAACAAAAUGGCUUAGCUAUGUGAAUAUAUAUUUCAUUACGUAGACGCACUAUAUCUGAAAUUUUUUUGUUUGUUUUCAUGAUCAAGAACGAACGAUUAUUCAGUUCUAAUCCUAAGAAUAUCUGAAAAUUACACAUUUCAACGUUACAAUACUUUUUUUUUAUGUAUUAUCAUUAAUUUUUGCCGAUUUAUACUGAAUUACAGCCCUUGGACUAGUUGAAUGACUCUGGCAACUUUUCUAUUGAUUUUUCUGAGUUAUCAAUUUAUAAGUUGAAAAUUUUUCAGAGACUUAAACUGUCUUAGGAUUUUUGUAUGUCGAACUAUUUACUUGCUCAAUAUUUCAGAUAUUGUUAGUAAUUUAAUUGCAUGGGAAAUUUAAGAUAAAAUCUAAAUAAAAAAGGAGGAGAAAUAACACAUUACUUAAUUACAUAGGAUUUGUAUGUGCUUCAACAUUGGAAACAGAUUUUUGGUAUUUUACUAGCCACAAAAAUACUUAAAGCAAUCAAUAUCUUCUACAUCAUUUUUAAAUUUCAAUUUUCACUUUAUUCUAUUCCCAAUAUAUUUCUCCUUAUAUUAUUUAUAACCAUAUUUCAGGAAUUUUUGAGUCAUGUUUUAGUGUACUGUUUAUAAUAAAGUGAUCUGUAUUUUAUCAA